AUGUCAUGCACAAUGAGCUGCUUUGGGAAAUUGAUAGUCUGCUUGAAUCCAAAUGCUUCUAAAGGAAAGGAAUAUAUCAGGUGGGUGAUUUUUAUAACAAAGGAAUUUACGAACACAAUUCGAGUAGUCAUAGUUCGUUACUGGGAUCGAAAAUAUUAA